UUUCGGUAUUGGAAGUACUGACAGUGCGACAGUACAAGCCAGAGUGAUAACAUCUCCCCGAUUCUCAAUUUACUAAGUUAGUCAUUCAGUAUAGAAAAGUGAGUGGUUUUUUUUUUGGCAUUUUCAGAAAUAUCUUCAAGUGAGAAAGAUUUACCUUGCCAGGAGAAAUGUCUGUGAAUACAGCUCAUGCCAACAAUGGCGUUCUCAUUCAUGCUGGAGAAUGCAUUCUCCUCUUCAGCGAUAAUGUAUCAAUGGAGUUUUCUGGUCAAAGCGGCCCAAUGUUUAAAGGAACCAAAGUGGGAAGAUGCUACUUGACAACACACAGAAUGAUCUUCAAUAAUAACAAAUCAUCUGAUCCUCUGCAAUCCUUCAGUUUUCCCUUCGUAUCCCUCAACGAUGUUGAAGUGGAACAGCCAGUUUUUGGAGCGAACUACAUCAAGGGCAAGGUGCGCGCUCAGGAGAAUGGGAAUUUUGUGGGAGAAGCAAAAUUCAAAUUGCUCUUUAAGGCUGGUGGUGCCAUUGAUUUUGCGCAGGCCAUGCUGAGAGCCGUCCAGAUGGCCAGGCGUCAUUUCCACCAAGACGCCCCACCGCCAUAUGAGCCACCAUCGGGAGAUUGGUAUGCUGCUCCUCCGCCAGCAUAUACUCCCAAUCCCAAUGGCUACUACGGAUGGGUUCCUCAGACGGCAGCAUUUCCCAAUCAGCCGCCCCAGGAUAGUGUUUUCAUGACACCAAAUCCACCACCCUAUCCAGGAAUAGCACCACCAGCGGCUGGAGGCCCUGGCGGCUUUGGCUAUCCAUCUCAACCGCAGCAGAAUGGAUACCCAGGAGGCUACCCGGGUCAGGCUCCUCCUGGCUAUCCAGGUGCUCCGCCUGGAAAUUAUUCUGGACAGGCUCCAGGAGGAGGCUUCCAGCCGCAAGGAAUGGGAUGGCAGCCGGGUGCAGGAUAUCCCAAUGCUUCAGCCCCAAGUUACCCAUCAGCACCAGGAUAUCCUUCAGCUCCUGGAGCCAUGGGAUUUACGGUUCCACCACAGCAACCACAGAAUUCAAAAGAAUCCGAAGCCGCCCAGAGCGCCUACUAUGAUCCCAAUCAACCACAAACAGCUUACGUUCCACCUCCUCCGGCAUACUAUGAGCAGCCUCCAAGCUAUAACUCUGUGGCUAAGAAGCAUCAGUAAAACUACGAAUUUUUAUGGCUUUUGAAUAUGUCGCCUUCUCAACAAUAAACUAUUUACCACGCAAGGCUGAUAAAUUGCCUGUGAAGAAUUGAAAAAGAAGCAGAGGACACAUUUUUCUAUAUAAAUUCCAUAUUGAAACGAAUCGCAUUGGUCUCUUUGGAAACAACAACAAAAAAAAAACAGAUGUUAUGUGGAUAAAUUAGCACUAUUAUAAUGAUGUUUAUGAAUCUUUGUAUAUUUUGUGUAUAGUUCAAAAUGCUAUAAAAGUAUUAUUAAUAUCUUUGCAAAUGUAAUAUUGAAAAUUACAAAUGUUUAAAAAUU